AUGGGGAAAACAACAGACCGGAGUAUAAUAGAUGUCGUUCCAAACGGCGUCGCCUUUAACCUCGCCAAGUCAUGGUUAGGGCUGGUAAAGAAGGACGACGAGGACGAUGGAAACGCCGGGAGUAGUCGCAAGAACGAGAACUUAAACAACAACAACGAUACGUUCUCGUUAGAAGCAUUCCGUCGGGAAUCUCAAAGAGAGGAAGAGGAAACUUCGACGUCCGGACGUCACGGAGGAAAAGGAGGAUCGCAACAAACGAACGGUAGACUCGGCCUGGGCGCGAAAUACUUGAGCCACUCGAAAGCCGCGCGGACGAUGCAAACGAUCGCGGAGAAGAAAAUCUUCGAUCGAGUGCAAAGAGAGAAGCAAACGAGGAGGAUGGAGGAAAAGGAACGAGAGAGCGAGAGUUCCUCCUCCUCGGACGAGGACGACGAGGACGUCAGAGGGUUGAGCAAGAGCAAGAAGAGGAAGUUAGUGGUGGAGAAGUUUGAUGCGAGCACGUAUAGGAGGAAAUAG